GCGGUAGUAAAUGAGUUCUCUCUCGGUGGGUGGGAACGGACGGGGCUUGCCGUGAUCCCCUAGAGCCCACGAUCGCCCCGCAUCAGCAGGGAGUCCACCAGCGCCAGCGUCCCACCCGCGCCCGGGACCAUGGCCACUGACUCAUGGGCUCUAGCGGUGGACGAGCAAGAAGCGGCGGCUGAGUCGCCUGAUACAUUGUAAAGAAGAUGUGAAUUAAAUAUUAGUAUGCAGAAUAAAUUUCCUCCACCUCAACAUUCUAAAUUCUGUUGAGCAACUUGCAUCUAAAGGAAGAGAAAAUCAAACCAGAUGCCAAUGGUGCUGUUGUCAAGACCAAUGCUAAUGAAGAGAAGACAGAUGAAGAAGAGAAAGAGGACAGAGCUGCCCAGUCUUUACUCAACAAGCUGAUCAGAAGCAACCUUGUGGAUAACACAAACCAAGUGGAAGUGUUGCAGCGGGACCCCAGCUCCCCUCUCUACUCCGUGAAGUCUUUUGAAGAGCUCCACCUAAAACCACAGCUUCUCCAGGGAGUCUAUGCCAUGGGUUUCAACCGUCCAUCCAAAAUACAAGAGAACGCAUUGCCUUUGAUGCUUGCUGAACCUUCACAGAAUUUAAUUGCCCAGUCUCAAUCUGGUACUGGCAAAACAGCUGCCUUUGUGUUGGCCAUGCUAAGCCAAGUAGAACCUGCAAACAGAUACCCCCAGUGUCUGUGCCUCUCCCCGACGUAUGAGCUCGCUCUGCAAACAGGAAAAGUGAUUGAACAGAUGGGUAAAUUUUACCCUGAAUUGAAGCUGGCUUAUGCUGUUCGAGGCAAUAAAUUGGAAAGAGGUCAGAAGAUCAGUGAGCAGAUUGUCAUCGGCACCCCCGGGACCGUCCUGGACUGGUGCUCCAAGCUCAAGUUCGUUGACCCCAAGAAGAUCAAGGUGUUUGUGCUGGAUGAAGCCGACGUGAUGAUAGCUACUCAGGGCCACCAGGAUCAGAGCAUCCGCAUUCAGAGGAUGCUGCCCAGGAACUGCCAGAUGCUGCUUUUCUCUGCUACCUUCGAAGACUCUGUGUGGCAGUUUGCCCAGAAAGUGGUCCCAGACCCCAACAUCAUCAAACUGAAGCGCGAGGAGGAGACCCUGGACACCAUCAAGCAGUAUUACGUCCUGUGCAGCAACAGAGAUGAGAAGUUCCAGGCUCUGUGCAACCUCUAUGGGGCCAUCACCAUCGCUCAGGCCAUGAUUUUCUGCCAUACCCGCAAAACAGCUAGUUGGCUGGCGGCAGAGCUCUCGAAAGAAGGCCACCAGGUGGCUCUGCUGAGUGGCGAGAUGAUGGUGGAGCAGAGGGCUGCAGUGAUUGAGCGCUUCCGCGAGGGCAAAGAGAAGGUUCUGGUGACCACCAAUGUGUGCGCCCGAGGUAUUGAUGUUGAGCAAGUGUCUGUGGUCAUCAACUUUGAUCUCCCUGUGGACAAGGACAGGAACCCGGACAACGAGACCUACCUGCACCGGAUCGGGCGCACCGGCCGCUUUGGCAAGAGGGGCCUGGCCGUGAACAUGGUGGACAGCAAGCACAGCAUGAACAUCCUCAACAGGAUCCAGGAGCAUUUUAAUAAGAAGAUAGAAAGAUUGGACACAGAUGAUUUGGAUGAGAUUGAGAAAAUAGCCAACUGAGAAGCUCCCCAGUCCCUGGUGCCGCCCUCGUCCCGUCACCGCCCUUCACGGAGUCCAGGGCUGCUCUGCCCGAGCCUCGACGGUUACCACAGACGAAGACACGAGGAAGACACUGCCUACCUCAUUAAAUUAUGUUUGGACUUGACCAAAAUUUGUGAAAAUGAUGGGGAAUGGUAGGUUAAUUGUUUAUACCACUAGAGGAUUAGGUGUGAAUACACAAAAUUUACUUUUUGGACAUUUUGUCUGUCUUUGGCCAGCAUUUUCUCCACAAUAUGCUAAUCUAGAUGCUGUAGCUGAUUACCUGUCCAACAUCCCUUGUAACAAUCCCUGCUUCUCUGGCUGAGAGUGUGCAAGGCAGCCUUCAGCACAUGUGGAAGUGACAGAGUAGAGGUGAAAAGAACACAGGGAGAAGCUCCAAGUAGGAUAUGUUUGGAAGCAGAGUCAUUUUGUCUGGAGGAUGGCAGGAGGCAACAGAGCAGCCCUGUGAACUUCUGCUUUGGACUUGAUAUGGAACAGAGUAUUGCCAGCCCUCUGUUCGUAGCCCAUACCAGGAAGGGAUUUGCUGUGAUGGACCAAAAUGCCAACUUUGGAAACUUUGUAUGCAGGUUUGUGUCUCCGGACUGUGACUCGUUCUUUUCAGCAGAUACAAUCUGUUCAGUGUACAUUUUAUUAUUGAUGGGUCUUUGCCUUUUGCUUAAGUAAGUUCUAUGGAGUAGGCAUCUUGAGAAUGAGUAGUAGCCCAGGACUGCACCAAAACCUGGUUUCACAGGCACUUGGAGUGUCCUUUUCAUAUUUCUCAGAUCACCUUGACCUAUAGUAUCCUCAAGCAACUAGACAGUGAUCUGAGGUUUGAAUUCUCAGUGAAAAUUGAAGGUUCAUUUCUAGUGGCUAGUCUCAAGGCAACUCCACAUGUGGCCAACAGUAGGCAUAAGUUUUUGCUUUGCUUCCAGAUCACACACAAGGCAGUUUUUGUCACAGCUGGGGGAUGAUUACAGAUAUUUGGCAUCUUGAUUGUAAAAGGAUUCUGAAAAUCUGUGUUUACAGUGCCUGGAAUAUAAGCAGGUGCGAUUAGGGACUACAGCCACUUAUCUGUCCAAGACAAGAGGCAUCACCAAGGCCCUCGGUCCAUCCUUACUUGGCCUUCAUGUAUGAAAUAUACCAGAGCAAACGUUAGAAGUGGACACUUUUCCAUACGUGGUCAAGGCUGUUGGUAUCCCCAGAGGGACAGAUCAAAGAUGAGAUGAAACUCAUUUGCAAGAGUAGUCUGAAAGGGCUGGGGAUUUAGCUCAGUGGUUUUGCUGCCUGCUGUGCAAGCCCAAGGACCCAAGUUCAAUCCCCGGUACCAAAAAAAAAAAAAUGAGUAGUCUAAAAUCCCACCCCAAAGGAGUUCUCACCUCUUUGGCCUUGAUACAGUAGACCUGGAAGAGGAAUUUUACUUUUUGUGUGUGUUUUUUUUUUUUUGCAGUGCUAGGAUCGAAUCCAGGGCCUUGCACGUGCUAGGAGAGUACUCUACCACUGAGCUCUAUCUCCAGCCAUGGAAGAGGUUUUAUGUGAUGAGAACUACUCAAAUUCCAGAUUUUUCUCUUAGACAUUUUUGUGUUUUAAGAUCAGAUCUGUCACCUGGGAAGGGAAGUGGCCAAUGUCAACUUCCAGGUGGUUUCCUCAAUCUGACAUUAUGAAGAAGGAGACUGUCAAUUCUGCCACUUUCCCCCAGUGGGUAUUGGACUAUAGAUAGUGUUUUCUCAGUGUUUCUGGUCAACUUUGACCCAUCUUGGGAGUCUUGUAAGAAGAGAAGAAAUUUAGUGCUCUCCUGAAGUCCUGUGAAGCAACUGUGAAAUAACUAAAAACAUGGCCAGUGUUUAAAGAAGCAUAUAGAUGGCCCACUAGACUGCAGUCUGACUACACUCCUCCCAGCAAACAUAACUCAUCUACUGUUGUGGCCCUAAGUCAGAAGGAAAAUGGUAAGGGAUGUGCAGCCAACUCUUCAAUAGAAGUAGAAGUGUGUAUCAGCAGCUCUUAAUCUAGGAUCUUGAACCUCUAGAAAGUCACUGGAUAGGCUUCAUCUACAAGGUAUAGUGGGCCAGGGAUUCAGCUCAGGGAUGCCACACCUGCCUCGCAAGCAAAAGGUCCUGAGUUUAAUCCCCGGUACCAAAAAAACCCCAAAAAACUUGGUGUAGUACAAGGUAUAUGCAUGUGUUUAAAUUUAAAGGUAUUUUCUAGAUGAGACUCCCAAAGGGUUAUCCAUCUUUUAAAAACAUGAAGGCCUAAUGGUGUGGACGCCUCUGGAAAGUCUCUCCAAUGUCACUGUGAACAAUAUUCCCUCACAGUCCAUAUUCAUUCCAGUGCCUGUCUCCUAGGGCUCAAUGGUCUAGUUGCUUCUGUGACCUCGUGCAGCCUAGAGACAUCAGUGAUGUAAAAAUAUGCUGUUUGGUGAGCUUUGGUCCCCAGGGAUUUUAGUCAUUCAUUCAUUUAUAUACAUCUGCAAACUGAUAAAUUGCACUCUAGAACAGAGAAACUCAGGAAAUUUUUGGUCCAGUGGAAAACUUUGGAUAUGUUUAUUAUCCACAAACUUUUGGAUUUUAUUGGGUUUUUUUAAGUAUCAUUCAUUGGCAGUAUGCAUAAGAACUAAUUGUUGAUGUAUUUUUUAUUGAUUUUAACUAUGAAGGAUUCAUGUUACUAAGACGUCAUUUCUGAGUAUAAGGAAGUGGCAGUAUGUUUUUUGUUUCCAGUAUUAGUAAUAAGUGAAGAGUAAACAUGUUAUUCCUUUGUUUCAGUUGUUGCUUCAAUUUGAGUAGCUAUGAAAUCUCCAUAGGCCAAGGGCCCUGGUCAGUUGCCAGAGGGCUAUUUACAUUCCCUUUUUCUGCUGGUAAAUGAGAGGAUGUGAGAUAACUAUUCAGGAAGCUGAUGCCAGUAAUACAAAGUCCUGUAUUCUGUUGAGUCAUAGGAAAAGAGUAGAAACGGGGCUUGGACUUAAGUCUUCUUCCUAUGUUGUUUACAUCUCUUGUUUCUUAUUUUACCUGUAGGCUAUUUCAUAUAAAGCACCAUUGAUAUCAGAAGAUAAGUAUUUCUUUUUUUUCUUUUAGAAGAUAAGUAUUUCUGAGGUUAGAGGAGGUUUUAUGAAGGAAUGCAGUUUGCAAAUAACAAAAAAGAAGGAUUCUCAGUGACAAAAGAGUGCCCCAGGCAGGAGAAAAGAAUCGUAAGAGGAAAGGAAGUUCACUAGGAUAAAGGAAGUACACUGGAGGGGUACUAAGGAGGGUAGCCUGGCCUUGUGGGCAGAGGCUCAGAAAGGAAAGAAAAUGAUGAUUAAUGAUCACAGUUAAAUUAUUUUUUGAUAAAUUUUAUUUAAUCCCAUUCCUGCUUCAAGCCCCCUCCCAUCCGUAUGUACAAAAGCUUUGUUUCCAUUUUUUACUUCUAUUCAAAUUAUAUUUUGAUUGGGCUGGGGAUUUAGCUCAGUGGUUCUGUUGCCUGCCUUGCAAGUACAAGGUCCCAAGUUCCAUCCCCGGUACCAAAAAAAAACCAAAUUAUAUUUUGAUUACCUAUUAGAAUGUUUAAAUGGUAUCUCAGUCUCUUUGUGCUCCUAUAACAAAGUACCUGUGACUGGGUAAUUUAUAAAGAACAAAUUUCUCACAGUUCUAGAGGCUGGGAAAUCCAAGCAGCUGCAAGGCUGAUGUCUGGGAAGAGCUGUUCUCUGAACCCGAUAUGGCACCUUGCUGUUACAUUCUCCAUAGGGGAGCACUACUGUGUCCUCCUGUGCAGAAGGGAUGGAAGGGCAAGUGAGCCCUCCCUCAGCCUUGAGCCCUUUUAUAAGGAUGUAAUUCAGGGGCCGAGUGUGGUGGCGCAUGCCUGUGCUCCUAGCUCUCAGGAGGCUGAGGCAGUAGGAUCCUCAUGAGUUCAAGGUCAACCUGGGCUACGUAGUGAGUCCAGGCCAGCCUGGGCUAUAUAAUGAGACCUGUCUCAAAAAAAAAAAAAAAAGAAAAGAAAAGAUGCUAGUUCCUUUUAGCCCUUCCCGAAGACCAUAUUUCUUUUUUUGGUACCAGGGAUUGAACUUGGGACCUUGCAGUUUCGAGGCAGGGGCUGGAACCACUGAGCUAAAUCCCUGGCAAGACCAUAUUCCUUAAUACUGUAGUACUGGAGAUUAAAUUUCAACAUGAAUUUUAGAGGGGGCAUCAUCAUCCAAAUCAUACCAAGUGGUACUUGGAAUCAGUAAUCUUUCAUAGGUUUUUACACAAAAAGGAAGUGAUAAAAUUAGUUUGGGGGGAAAAAUGGUGUAGCAUAUAGCCAGGAUAUUGGAUACAGUGGCAGUAGGAAAGGCUGCAGCUGGGAAAUCAGAUUUCCUUGCAUCAGUCCUAUCACACAGCCAGUGCUGAAAUGUUGAUGGUUGUACUGAGAACAUAGAAAAGGGAAUGCACUUAAGGAAUUGAAGAGUAGUAGGCUUUUACACCUUCAUGUUAUUCCCAAAAGGAUUUGUGGCUCUUAAAAAUUACCUUUUCUCUCCAGCAACGCCCCCCAAAGAAAUUAUUUUCACUGUACAUAAUAAUUCUGAGAACCCCACACAAGGAAGGUGUGGAAAGAACAGAUGGCAUUAGGGUUGAAUCUCAUACACUUAGUGUGUAAAAUGUCAGGCCUGUGACUUUUAUAAAAGUACUCUCUGGGUGUGGUGAUGCAUACCUAUAAUCCCAGCACUUGGGAGGCUGAGGCAGGAUUGCCAUGAGUUCCAGGCCAGCCUGGGCUACACUGUGAAUUCAAGGCCAGUCAACUACAUAGUGAGACCCUGUCUCAAACAAAAAGGGACUGACCCCUCCUUUAGUAACAACCCCAAGGUAUAGAUUUCAGGGACCCUCCAGGUCUCCUGUGGGCUUGGAAUAGACAAUAGAUUCUUGGAAACUUGUUGCAUUUUUACAUGAAUUUGCUUUUCUGUUUGAGAAUAAAUGUUCCUUAUUUUGUUGCCUGA